CCCUUCUUUAAAAAGGAGAAUUGCAAGCAAUGGGAAUCAAACCAGUGUCUCCUACGCAGCUUUGCACACUCUUGACCUCUAGGCUGCUCAUCUCUAACUUGUCAAAGGUGUUCAACAGAAUGUAUAUAAUCAUAUAUAUAUCUAUAUUUAACCUAUGUAUUUGAAAAAUUUUCCGACAUCUGACCACCCUUCGUGGACUGCAGCUCCGCCCCUGACUGUUCACCCGCCCAAUUCCCUUAUAAGUAUGCUUCUUUAGACAACAAAACCAAGGGUGCAGAAGAUCAGAAACAAAUAAAAAUACAGUGCAUUUUUAACAAAAACACCAAGUUAAAAGAGCAUUUAGUUUGUGACAUCAAGGCUUUGUUUCCUAGAGAUUCGAAGCAGACUUGGGCAGAUCCUUUCGGAAGCAGAAUCUAUUUCCGCUGCAAACUAAAGGUACACUGUUUUUUCUCCAAAAUUACUAUCAAUGGAUAAGGUAUAGAAGAGGUAAAAGAGCUCCUCAACAAGCUGAUUCAUUGCCUGCCAUAACAAGAGAAAGAAUUUCAUACUAUGAAUUGCUCCAAGCAGCGGAUGAUCUUAGUGAGAGUAAUAUGAUUGGUUCCGAAAGUUUUGGCUCCGUUUACAAAGGCGUUCUCAGAAGUGGAACUGUCAAUGCAGUUAAAGUGUUCAACCUGCAACUGGAUGCAACAUUCAAGAGUUAUGAUACGGAAUGUGAAGUUUUGCGUAGCCUUCACCAUAGGAAUCUCGUAAAAGUCAUUACUAGUUGUUCUAAUCUUGAUUUCAAGGCUUUAGUUCUUGAGUAUAUGCCUAAUGGGAGUCUUGAGAAAUAUUUGUAUUCACACAACUACUUCCUUGACAUCAGGCAGAGACUAAGCAUAAUGAUAGCUGUGACAUGUGCUUUGGAAUAUCUUCACCAUGGGUGCUUGUCGCCUGUGAUCCACUGUGAUCUGAAGCCUAGUAACGUCUUGCUGGAUGAGGAUAUGGUUGCCCACCUCAGCGACUUUGGUGUUUCAAAACUACUUGGUGAAGAUAAGGGUGAUUUGUACACUAAAACCUUAGCAACAUUAGGUUAUAUUGUGCCAGAUACGUCUCUUAGUGUUGCUGAUUAAUCCUUUCUUUUUUUCCCACCUAGAAAGUAUAUUGCAUCUUUAAAUGAAUUGUUUGACUGUAUAGUAUGGACUGUAUGGACUAGUGUCUACAAAGUGUGACGUCUAUAGUUAUGGGGUCAUGUUGCUGGAAAUGUUUACUAGGAGAAAGCCUAAUGAGUUUGAGGGAGAUGUUAGCUUGAAACAAUGGGUGAGUUAUUCACUUCCAGAGGCAGUAGUGGACAUUGUAGAUGUCAACUUGGUAACACCAGUGGGCAAGUGGCUUCAAUCAUGAAAGUUGCAUUAGAUUGUUGUGUUGAAUCUCUGGCAAGAAGGACUAACAUGAAAGAUGUUGUGGGAAUGCUACAGAAAAUCAAUAUUCAACUUCUUGCAUGUUGAACAUUGUUGCAAAUUUUUCCAAUGGUUUUCUUUUAUCUUUUAGCACUUGAUUUGUGCAUGAUUCUGUUUUCAGAAAUUCUACUGGUUGCAAUAAAUCUGACUGUUUCCUUUUGA